GGGUUGCAGUUAGUCCGAGCGUUGGUUUUUAGAUCAGCGGUACAACUGAGCUACAUUGUGAGCUGGGAGAGCAUUUUGUUGUCAUCAGGAGGUAAUUGAACCCCAGUGAUAACAAAAUAAUACGCCUGAAAAACUGACUUUUCACAUGGGAAACUUUGUGUUGAUGGACAGCUUAGUUUUAUAAGAGGAAAACAAGUUCCAGGAUCAGCGUGAAGGAAGACGCCGUGCCUCCCGGAGCUCAGAGAUGCGUUUCCCGCAGAGCCUCGGCACCGAGUCCCUCUGCCAGCCUGCGCGUCCAUGAGGACCGCAGCAGGAACCCAUGGAACGAUCCGACCCAUCCGGUCACUUCAGCGAGUUUCUGUGAGACGUAAACCUGUAACUGUGGACCAUGUCUGUGUCGGCGGUUCUGGCAAAGGCCCUGUUCGAUAACCCAUCUGAAAGCCCAGAGGAGCUGGCUUUCCGCAAGGGGGACAUUCUGAUGGUUCUGGAUCAGGAGAAGAGCGUUGGACCAGGGUGGUGGAACUGCUCCCUGCACGGUAGGCAGGGAAUUGCCCCAGCCAACCGGCUUCGACUCUUACAACCCGCCCCUCCCACCGGCUCGGACUCCAGCACCGGCCUGAAUCGGAUGGCUGUGGGCAGCGAUGACCCCGAUUGGGUGUAUCACUCCCCGCCCGCUGCAGGGGCGCCCUCCAGGACUGGAGAACUACGCAGGGUGGAGGGUGGCCGUCCACGUUCGCACUCAAGUUCCAGCGCUCGGCCCAAACCUGACUGGGAUAUUGAAGUGGCGAGCCGUCCACGGUCGCCGUCUUUGAGAGGGCGAGGAACAGAAGGGAAGGGGUCUUUUUAUCAGACCCCUAUAAGUCCUAUUCCCUCUGCAGCCCGGCAGCCCAUAGGACUCAUGGCGUCAGAAAGUGUGUACCUGUCCCCCAGCGGGGUGCCCAAAGUGACCAAUGAACCGGAGGACUCAACCUAUCUGGUUCCCAGAGAAACACUAACAGCAGAGCAAUCAGAUGACUGUUACUUAGUCCCCAAAGGCACGCCUCUUGCUAAUGAUGACGUCUAUCAGUCUCCAGUAGGCGGAGCAGUUUCCAGCGCUUUCGUUUCCAGCGGCUCCCCUGUUACAAGUGCAGCCUCAAAACCCAAAGACGGCAAGAGCGCUCCUGGGAUAUACCAAACGCCCACUCCUGUGGGAGCCAACCUGCACAGGCCACCGGCGAUAGCUUUGGCUCAUCAACACCCAUCUCCACUGACCCCUGCCCAGGCGUCCCCUCAACCUCUGCUCAAAGGAGCUGCGCCAAAGCCUGCCGUCGCCAGAGGCAAACCGGGGCAGCCCUCCCACCGCGGAUCCCCCAUGUUGGGCAGAACUGGACAAACCAGGGCUCCAGGAUCGCCCAGUUUUGUUCGUAAGCCGCCCCCGCCAGCCCCUCCAGUGAGAGGAGUGACCAGGAAAGAUGCACAGCAAACACCAGGAGAAGCUAGCGGCGUCCCCACACCUACUGCUGGGGUGCCGCCAGCGGCUCUGCAGCAGCAGGACAAGGUAACGGGAACAAAACACAAGGAAGAAGGCAAUGGACAGAGCAGUGAAGGGAGCAGCAGAAAAGGAGAAAACCUGGACGUCUCCAAUGGUGUGGAUGACCAGGUAUAUGACACACCUCCCAGUGGCAAGUGGAAGCAAGCAGUCCCCAUUCCUCAGAAGGAAGACGACGGUAUCUAUGACACCCCUCGCAGCGUCCCGCCACAAGCUGAGGCAGAGACCAAGGUAUACGACGUCCCAACGAUCACGCUGACCAUGUCCUUGUUAGAUGUUGGGCCCGGUGAAGCUGAGGAGGAAGUCUACAGCGUCCCAACCCUUCCAGGUUUGCCUCUUGGUUCCACAGAGUCCACCAGCAACCAAUCCAGUGAGGACUUUCUCCAAAAUGGACAGAUGUCCUGCGCCCCAGGACCCGACAAGCCAGCCAGCUCCAGUGAUCUAAAUCAAGACUCCUGUGAGCCUGAUGGGGGCAUCUACGAUACCCCUGCACUGACUCUUGAGCUUCUCCCUCAUUCGUCGUCUUCGUCCUCCACGUCCACUCGCCGCCUCUCUGUUUCCAGCAACGGCUCCGGUGACCUGCAGUGCAGGACCUCGCUUUCCAACCUUGUCCACUCGUUGCUGAGCACAGCCUCGGGUCCCGCCGCUGCUCUAUCAUCACGAGACCUGGCCACCUCGUUGGCUGAGGUCCUCUCCAUGUGGAAAGCCAGUCAUUUGGGGGACCCCCCUCCACCCCUUCAGCAGGCCUGGGCCCGCCUGUCGGGUCUUCUCCCGUCGUUGACCGCCAUCGGUAACGCCCCGCCAUCAGAGGGCCUCUUGACACUCACCCAGCGCUCUCUUGAAGAGAGCGCGCUCCUGUUACAGGCGCAAGACCGGCCUCGCCUGUCGUCUCAAGAGUCCCUUUCACGCAGGCCUCUGCCCGCACUUCCAGUGCCUGAUGGGAAGUCCUCUACCGGUGGAAUGGGCUCUCGCAAAAGUAGCUGGAUCCAGGAAAGACCCCUGCCCCCAACGCCUCAGCCGGCCUUUUCCUUGCCUCCUUCUCUGGCUAGUGUGACGGUCACAGUGGGGCCUGUGAAUGGAGAGGAUGACCCGAGCAGCGAGUAUGCAGGCAUUGGCCUGACUCCAGUCCCGGCGCCGGUACCUUCUGGAGACAGUGUUGGUUAUGUCAAGCUGCAGGGUAAACCGGAGCCGUCGCCUGGUGCCUUGACUGAGAUUGGACAGAUGCAAACCAUCAAUGGAGAACCAAGAGUCACCCCAUCCCCUCCUCUGCCAGUAUCCCUCUCGCUGGAGGACUCUGAGAUCUUGUCCUUCUACUCCGCUCAAAGUUACGCACAUCUCUCCUGCCUGGCAGAUGCCAUCGAUGUGCUCUUUACCAGCGUGAAGACGAACCAGCCACCUCGCAUCUUUGUUGCUAGGGGGAAGAGCCUCAUCGUAACUGCUCACAAACUGGUGUUCAUCGGAGACACGCUAUCCCGACUCCUCACAUCUGCCGACCUCCGAGCCAAGAUCACCACAUCAGGUGGGCACCUCUGCCAGGCUUUGAAAGCCGUUGUUGUGGCGACAAAAGGAGCUGCUCAAAACUACCCGUCGGUAUCUGCAAGCCAGGAGAUGGUGGACCGCGUGGCCGAGCUCUCCCAGCAAGCAGCCGGGUUCUCCACCCUGCUUCAGCGGUUGACAGAAAUAUCCUCCUGAUAUUUCACAUCUGCGUAAACUGUUCAACUCUUACUCCUACAUUUUCUCCCGUUCAAAUGCCUUUUUUGCCCGUCAGUCUUCAUGGUGUUUGACUGGAAUCAAAACAGAGUCCUGCAAGAAGUGUUUUGCCACGUCGAUGCUGGUACUAAUCUGGGUUUUUUGUCUGUCAGGAGUUUGCUUUUGUUUCCAGAAUGGAAGUUGCGCUUUGAUACCAGGAACUCUUCUAAGCGUUAACCUACUUGAAACCCCUUUGUGGCUGGAAAUAUCAGUCUUGGAGGAGAGCAUUUUCUGGGAAGUUUGCUUUCAAAAAUGCUAGCUACUUUUCCUUUUACUCCUUCACUGGUUAUCAAUAUACUUCCUUUCUCUUUUCCUUAAACUCCCUUUUUCCAAAUCCAAAAAUCCUUGCUGCUUUUUCUAAUAAAACACAAACAUGGCCUUUUGUUGUUAACAUUAAGCAGCAUUUUGAGAGUUUUGUGCUUUUUUCCCCCAAUGCAUUAAGUUAGAAGUGAAGUGCUAUAGGAACGUUCCCGAACUUCCCCUUUUCUCCAAUUACAUUUACGUUGCUUUUAAACUCUAUAGAGCUAAUAUUGAUCAUCGUGUUGCUGCAGCUCUCUUCGUCUAUUGAGGGAGAUGAUGAAACUCCCAAACCGAAAGAGUCGAGGGAGAGGGUGAGAAAAUUCUUACGCUUUCCUCCACGAGAAACCUGUUGACCCAGUUCACCUGCCACCACACGUCUAACUGACAUGCAUCAUUAACUCUUGGUUUUUCGUGAUUUUUUUCCCCUUCUUUUUAUUUUCCUGUCGUUUCCCAUAAAGAUUUUGUCAGUUACACUUUUUCAGGUCUACUUUGACCCUUUAAAGCCACAAACUCUGCUACUGGAACACAAACGACAUCCAAGCACUACAUGCAUCAUUUGUUAUCCUUAUUAAAGAUGGUGGUCAUUAUCAUAAACCUCUAGGUUUCAUAUUUUUGUCUUAAUCAACUCAGUUAUGUCACCCCACUCUUAUAAAACUACAGAAUGAGGCACGUUUGAACUGAAGCAGAGAGUGCAUUCUCCAUUUAAGAACAUGGUUACACUGAACUUUGGAUGUUUGCUGCAGUCAUACUAAACCGUAAGCUUGUGUCUCUUUUUCCAAAAGUUGCUUUACUUUACCAAACUGCUCACUUUCUUAUCCUGAGAUCUAUUAUAUUUUUUCAAUAUAUCAAUAUAAGUCUUUUGGAAUUCCAUUAUUCCCCUGCCUUAGCAAAUUACGUGCUCCAGAGCCACCUAGUGGGCGUUGGGAGUAACACUUCGUUUACUGUGAGAGCACAUGAUUGACAAGAAUACUUUUAUUUCUAUUUAUUGGUGCAAACAUUUGUUUUUAUUGCUUUAAUUUGCAUGGCUUUAAGUUUGAGAUGAUCUUUCAAAGGGGAGAUUUUAUAGGGUGAUUUGCAAUGAUUAAAAAAAAUGUAUAUGUGUAUUUUACAUCAAGGUUUUUUUUCUGUUUUUCUUUUGUGCAUUUCACUUUUAGGUUUAUGACAUCAAUAAAUUCCAGAACUUUACUAUUGGAGUAAUAGAAAACUGAAACUUUGUUUUAUUCAAACACUACAUUUAAUGUUGUUUUGUCUUGUAUUCCCAUUUAGAAUGCACAAAUACAUAUGUGGAAGUAUGCAAAAGUGUUUUUUUAUGCAAAAAUUCAUUAUCAUGGUCUCAUUUUUAUGUUGUAUUCAGUCUGUCAUCAAACAACACUCUUGUUUAAUCUAUUCAUAUUUUUUAUUUAAAUUGAUCUUGGUGGAGAUUUUUUGAAUCAGUGUUAAAAGUCUUUGUACCCUAGUUUUAUGUAAAGAAUAAAAAAUAAAAAUAUUGUA